CCACCCUGAUCACUCCCGACCGCAUCCCCAUCUCCACCACACCCGAAUCUGAACCCGAACCCGAACCCAAACCCAAAGAUGCUAGCUAUCAAUCGGGUCCGAUAAUCGAAUCGUAGAGUCGCAGCAAGCUCGCGUCCUGGCCGCUGGGCAAGGUUUCGGGAUGGACACCCCAACCGACCCGUUUAUGGGACUCUCAAGAGGAAGCUAAAACCCUGCCCCCGUUGGACUCCUCUCCCUCGCCUUCUUCCCAUCCGACUCCUCCUGAGCUCAAACUCUGGUCGUUUUCGAAUCUCUCUUUCGCGAUUCAGAGCUCCGAGUUAAUUCCCCAUGGGAACCCGCACGCUUCCCAACCUCAGAUCACCCCUCUCCUCUCCUACUCCACCGGCGUCAUCCCCUCUAAGAAACCACCGAUGGAGGAUCUCUCCAUUCCCCUCCUCAACACGGCCUUCAAGACCUGUCCGCCCAAUCGAAUGCGCCGUCCGCUUCCGCCCCUGCAUCGACAUCCACAAGGGGAAGGUGAAGCAAAUAGUUGGGUCCACCCUUCGAGACUCGACGGAUGAUGCCUCCUUGAUAACCAAUUUCGAAUCCGACAAGUCACCGGCUGAAUUCGCGAGCUUGUACAAGCAGGACGGGCUGACGGGUGGUCAUGUCAUAAUGCUCGGCGCCGAUGCUGCAAGCCAAUCUGCAGCCAGACAAGCGUUGCGAGCUUAUCCCGGUGGUUUGCAAGUUGGAGGUGGGAUCAACUGGGAGAAUGCCAUGAGUUAUCUUGAAGAAGGGGCUAGUCAUGUGAUUGUAACAUCGUAUGUUUUCAGUGAUGGACAAAUGGACCUUGAACGGCUUAAACAUCUUGUUCAUAUGAUUGGAAAGCAAAGGCUCAUCUUGGAUCUUAGUUGUAGAAAGAAGGUAACAUACGAGAGUUACAUUUGGAACAUUAUACUGAAUGGGAAGUAUGCUAUUGUCACUGAUAGAUGGCAAAAAUUCAGCGAUAUGUUUCUAGAUGAGCAGACUUUGGAAUUUCUUGCUACCUAUGCAGAUGAAUUUUUAGUUCAUGGAGUUGAUGUUGAGGGAAAAAGGCUAGGAAUUGAUGAGGAGCUGGUGGCACUGCUUGGGUGUCACUCACUGGUAUGCGACACUUCAUCUGUUCAUCAUGUUAUUAUUAUGUUCUCCAUAUUUAUUGUUGGACUUUGUUUGGAGAACAAAACAGUUUGCUCCUUGAGGAGCCAUCAGAUGCAUUGAUUCCAGUAACUUAUGCUGGUGGGGUCACAACAAUAGCUGACCUAGAGAGGAUAAAGACAGCAGGCAAGGAACGUGUGGAUGUAACAGUUGGAAGUGCUCUAGAUAUAUUUGGAGGUGAUCUGGCAUAUAAAGAGGUUGUAGCUUGGCAUGACAAGCAAGUAAUGAUCAACUGGUGACUUUCUGGAGAUGGAAUGGAGGAUUAGUUGCUGGUGAACUUUAUUGUCCACAAGAAUUUUAUGAUUUUUCUUGUGGUGGAUAAAUUGUUAUCUAUAGUUCUGUGAUGUAAGCUGUUCCAUAAAACAUCCUAUAUUAUUCUAAUGUCCACCUCUGUAAGUCUGUAAAACUUGAGUUAUUUGGGACAUGGGCAAUUCAAAAGUGGCCAAUGCAAUAAUCCUUAUUCUUGUGGAACUCAUCUUGCUUGUGACUUUUAUCAGCACAAAUGGAUAUCAAAUGGAUAAAUUUACAGUCUAGUGCUUAUAUC